AUGGAGCUCAGUGUCCUUCUCCUGCUGGCCGUCCUCACGGGUCUCGUGCUGCUCUUGAUCAGGGGCCACCCUAAGACCCGUGGCCGCCUCCCCCCUGGACCGCGUCCCCUACCCUUCUUGGGGAAUCUUCUGCAAAUGGACAUGAAGGGCCUUCUCAGCUCCUUCCUGCGGUUCCGAGAGAAAUAUGGGGACGUGUUCACGGUGUACCUGGGGCCCAAACCCGUGGUCGUGCUGUGUGGGACCGAGGCCAUCCGGGAAGCCCUCGUGGAUCAGGCAGAGACCUUCUCUGGCAGGGGCAAGAUCGCUGUCAUCGACCCGGUUUUCCAGGGCUACGGAGUGAUCUUUGCCAACGGGGAACGCUGGCGCGUCCUGCGGAGAUUCUCUCUGGCCACCAUGCGGGACUUCGGCAUGGGCAAGCGCAGCGUGGAGGAGCGGAUACAAGAGGAGGCUCAGUGCCUGGUGGAGGAGCUGCGCAAGUCCCAGGGAUCCCUCCUGGACACCACCUUGCUCUUCCACCUUGUCACGGCCAACAUCAUCUGCUCCAUCGUCUUUGGGAAACGCUUUGACUAUAAGGACCCUGUGUUCCUGAGGCUGCUGGACAUGUUCUACAAGAGCUUCUCCCUCAUCAGCUCUUUCUCCAGCCAGAUGUUCGAGCUCUGCUCCAGCGUCCUAAAACACUUUCCCGGCGCACACAGGCAAAUCUACAAAAACCUGCAGGAAAUCAACACUUUCAUUGGCCACAGCGUGGAGGAGCACCGCAAGACCCUGGACCCCAGCAACCCCCGGGACUUCAUCGACACAUACCUGCUCCGCAUGGACAAAGAGAAGUCCAACCCCAGCAGCGAGUUCCACCAUAAGAACCUCAUCAUCACCGUGCUCUCGCUGUUCUUCGCCGGCACUGAGACCAGCAGCACCACCCUCCGCUACGGCUUCCUGCUCAUGCUGAAAUACCCGCAUGUCAGAGAGAGAGUCCAGAAGGAGAUUGACCAGGUGAUCGGCUCACACCGCGCCCCGACCCUGGACGACCGAGCCAAGAUGCCUUACACGGACGCGGUCAUCCAUGAGAUGCAGAGGUUUUCAGACCUCAUCCCCAUCGGGGUGCCCCACGUGGUCACCCAAGACACUCAGUUCCGAGGCUACAUCAUUCCCAAGAACACGGAAGUGUACCCCAUCCUAAGCUCGGCUCUCCAUGACCCGCGUUACUUUGAAACACCACACACCUUCAACCCUAACCACUUCCUGGAUGCCAAUGGGGGGCUGAAGAAGAAUGAGGCCUUCAUGCCAUUCUCCACAGGCAAGCGCAUCUGUCUUGGCGAAGGCAUCGCCCGUACCGAGUUGUUCCUCUUCUUCACCACCAUCCUGCAGAACUUCUCCGUGGCCGGCUCCGUGGCCCCUGAGGACAUCGACCUCACGCCCCAGGAGAGUGGCGUGGGCAGAAUACCUCCAACAUACAAGAUCCGCUUCCUGGCCCGCUAAGCAGGCUGGGAGAAAAGGGGCCACUGAUGCCAAUCAUGCCCCCCACCCCUGUGCAGAAGGGUCCCUAACUGUUCCUUUGUAUUCCUGCUUCUGGAACCGGCUGCCAGU